AAUAUUGUCGGCUUAAUAGCUAGCACUUCAUAAUAUCCUUGUUUUUUUAGCCUUUCAUUUCUCAACAAGGUCCCUUGUGCCUUAAUCUUUAUGGUCCUAUAUUUCUCUAUCUCUCCUUUAUUUUCUACCUUCUCUUGCACUACUUUAAUUUCACUCACCAACUCAUUCUAUCUUCUUCUGCUACACAUACUUAUUUAUUAUAAAAUUAAAUUGUUCCUUUUUCUAUGUACCUUGAUUUUGCUUCAAAAGGGUAUGAUUUGAAGACAAUAAUGAAGUCAUAAAAAAAAAAAAAAACCUUUUUCAAGACAUGUCUAUGUUGGAUCUCAAUAUUGUUGACAUCAUCCAUGUUGAUGAUAACUCAACCAAUGUUCAAAAGAAGUUGCAACUUCUAACUUCUCCUUCUCAAAUAUCAGAUUCUAGAACCUCCAACUCUUCUAUUUGGAAUCCUGCAGAGGAAGAUUCCUCAAAUAAUUCCUCUCCUUUCAUAUUUGACCUAUUGAAGAAAGAAAAAGAUGUCUCACAAAUAGUCAAAGAAGAAAAGAAAGAACCAAUCACAAGGACACUUUUCCCUGUGAGUGCUGAUAGAGGAGGUAGAUUAUCUGAUUAUUCCAUGACUCAAAGGAUGAACUUUGAUGAGCAAAAUGGACACAGUAUCUUGCAGCAAAAGCAACCUCAAGUUAGAAAAAAUAGAAGAGGACCAAGGUCUCGAAGCUCGCAGUACCGGGGUGUUACCUUCUACCGUAGGACUGGUAGAUGGGAGUCACAUAUAUGGGAUUGUGGGAAGCAGGUCUAUUUGGGUGGAUUUGACACUGCUCAUGCUGCUGCAAGAGCAUAUGAUAGGGCUGCUGUUAUGUUUAGGGGAGUUGAUGCUGAUAUAAACUUUAAUUUGAGUGAUUAUGAGGACUUGAAACAGAUGAGAGGUUUGAGCAAGGAAGAAUUUGUCCUAAGGCUUCGUAGAAAAACCAAUGAAAACUCAAAGAGAAGUUCAACAUAUAGAAGGACACUAUCUCUUAACAAAUAUGGUCAAGGAGAUCCACAAAUUAUUACACCAUUUGUGGCCAAAGAAUUUUGUCAUAAGUCACCCAUCAAGCGUGAUCAUGAAGUAGAAACUAGUUGUAAGCCCUCUAGUAUUUAUAAGGGAGAGAUAGUUGCAAAUUCUAACAAAACAGGCACUUUACAUAAUCUUGAUUUGAGUCUAGGGAUACCCAAAGAAAGAGGAACAAUGCAGGAGAAGGGUUUGGUAAACAUUAAAAAAGAAGUUCCAUUGCAAGUAUUUUCCAACUUGGCCAGGAAAUUUUGCAGUAAUGGCAGCAACAUUGCAUUGGGGUCGUUGAAAUCAAAUGCAGCAGCAUCAUCAGGAUUCCUUUCAUCACCCCCAUUUCUUCCAAUCACCUCACAUAACAAUAAUUUGCCUACAAUUUUAUCAUUGGCUCAACCACAAUAUACUCAUCAUUGACUACCAUAGUAUAGUAUCCCACGGUUGUAGGACCAGAUCAGUAAAGCCUUUAAUUUUUUGAGGCAAGAGUAGCUAAAGCCAUCAACAAAUUAUAUACAUUUUGUACAUUAGAUUUGAUUUGUUUCCACAAUAUUAUGAAGAAUGUAUUUAAUUGUAAUAAUAAUUCGUUUAAAAAAUGAAAUAAAAAUAAUAAUGCCAA